CGCACCGCGGCGCCUGGCGGCGAAGUUGAGCUCAAAGUUUGAGGCCAGAGGCGGAGAGGCCGCGCAGCCAGCAUCAGUCCGGCGCCCCGGCCGUCGCUCAGACGUGGGGCCGAGCGCGGGGCGAGCCGAGUUCCGCCCUAGGCCGCUGUAGGAACGGAGGUGCCGCCUCCCCGGCAAACCGGACCGACUGGGUAGGGCCGCCCGCCCUGCCUUCUCGCCGCUCGUGGCUCCUGGGCGCCCACUCGGCGCUCCGCUGAGGGAGGCGGCGACCGGCGGCGGGGCUCGGGCGCAGGACCCGCGCGACCCCGACGCUGCUCCCACGAGCGAAGGGCGCGUCCCGGCGGCGCUGCCGGGCUUUGGGACCGCCGCCGCUCUGGAGCUCGGGGUGGUGGCCCCAGCCACCCGGCCGGCUCCGGGCGGCGAUCGCUUAGCGCCGAACUUUGUGCCCCGCGAUGUCCGCUCCAGUUCUGGCAUUUUUACGCCACUGGACCCCCCUCCCCCUGGCAGUCCCGGGCCGGGUGAGGAGCUGGUGCGACCGAGAGAGCCACGGGGUUCUGACUCAUCGUCGGGCCGGAACCCGACGCCCCUGAGAGGAGAGCCCCCAGGAAGAGACCUCUCGGCCCUGCGGGUGGGGGCUCAGUUCUAGGACGGGAGCGCCCUUGGUGGCACCAGACCUCGGCUCUCGGGACCCCUCGGAGGACUAGGCGAUGCCGGAGCGCGCGGCUCCCCGAGCGUGGUCCGAGGAUCUAGCUGGGCGCUCCCCAGCUCAGGGGGCUGCUCCGGACUCCGCCAGCGCCGUCUCCUCUCCCUCAGAUCCCGCAGCCGCAGGGGAUGACGCGGAUGCGUCCACGGCCCCGGCUCCGGGCGGGGAGGGCGAGCCCCUCAGCCGGCAUCGCGACGCGCGCCUGGGCAGCACCGAUAAGGAGCUGAAAGCAGGAGCCGCCGCCACGGGCAGCUCCCCGACAGCGCCGGGGCCGCCCUGGCAGCGGGAGCCGCGGGUCGAGGUUAUGAAUCCAGCGUGCGGCGCCUGGAGCCUGCCCCGGCCCUGCCGCGUGCUGGUCCUGUUAAACCCGCGCGGGGGCAAGGGCAAGGCGCUCCAGCUCUUCCGCAGUCACGUGCAGCCCCUACUGGCUCGGGCCGAUGUCUCCUUCACGCUGAUGCUCACUGAGCAUCGGAACCACGCCCGGGAGCUGGUGCGGGUUGAGGAGCUGGGGCGCUGGGAUGCGCUGGUGGUCAUGUCUGGGGACGGGCUGAUGCAUGAGGUGGUGAACGGGCUCAUGGAGCGGCCGGACUGGGAGACCGCCAUCUGCAAGCCCCUGUGUAGCCUCCCUGCUGGCUCCGGCAAUGCCCUGGCGGCUUCUCUGAACCAUUAUGCGGGCUAUGAACAGGUGACAAAUGAGGACCUCUUGACCAACUGCACGCUGCUGCUGUGCCGCCGGCUGCUGGCGCCCAUGAACCUGCUGUCACUGCAGACGGCCUCGGGGCUUCGGCUCUUCUCUGUGCUGAGCCUGGCGUGGGGCUUCAUCGCCGACGUGGAUCUGGAGAGCGAGAGGUUUCGGCGUCUAGGGGAGAUGCGCUUCACUCUGGGCACCUUCCUGCGCCUGGCGGCCCUGCGUGUCUACAAGGGCACGCUAGCCUACCUCCCCGUGGAACGGGUGGUCUCCCAGGGGCCCACCCCCGCUGUUGUGGCGCGGCAGAACCGGCAGGGUCCCAUGGACGCCCACCUCGUACCCCUGCAUGAACCAGUGCCCCCACACUGGACUGUGGUCCCGGAGCAGGACUUCGUGCUGGUGCUGGCGCUGCUGCACACCCACCUGAGCAGCGAGAUGUUCGCAGCCCCCAUGGGCCGGUGUCCGGCAGGCACCAUGCACCUGUUCUACGUGCGGGCCGGCGUGUCUCGGGCCAUGCUGCUGCGCCUCUUCCUGGCUAUGGAGAAGGGGAAGCACAUGGACUACGACUGUCCCUACUUGGUGUACGUGCCUGUGGUUGCCUUCCGCCUGGAGCCCAAGGACGGGAAGGGUGUGUUUGCCGUGGAUGGCGAGUUGAUGAUCAGCGAGGCGGUGCAAGGCCAGGUGCACCCAGACUACAUCUGGAUGGUCAGUGGCUGCGUGGAGCCCCAACCCAGGCAGAAGCCACGGCAGGGAGCCCCUCAAAGAGAACACUUAUGACUGUGGGCCUCGCCGUGCCUUAGCCUCCUGGUCAACUUGGAGCUCAGAGCGCUCCACCUUUUCCCAGGCCUGGAGGGCCUGUCCACAGCUCGUGUGGUGGGAAGGAGGACCCCUGAAGACGGUGCGAAGGUGGAGGCUGUGCUUUGGAAGGACAGGCUCUGCCUACCAAGGGCCAGAAUGAGGCUCUGGGCCAGAAGCCUGGCUGGCUGGCCGGCCCUCCCUGCCUGUGGAAGCCACUCCCAUUUUGUUUCAGGGAGCCCAACCCCAUGAAUCAGAUCCAAAUAAAGUGACAUUCCCAGCGUA